AUGGUGGUUACCCGCCAAGACGGCUCGCCCCAGGACCCAGAGCUGACCCCUGCAGAGGUGGCACCCAUGGUAGCCCCUCCUAGCCUGAAGGAAGUGCAGCAGGCUGUGCAAGAGGCCUCGGAGCAGGUGGAGGGUCGCGGAGCGGAGGAAGUGCUGAAGGAGCUGCUGGAGAGGGUGGUGGAGGCAGCUCUGGGGCAGGUGGAAGGGGGAGGUGAAACAAAAGCAGAUGAGGCAGCAGAACAGGAGACAGUUGAGGAGGAUGCACCGGGGGCUGAAAAGAGAGGAGUUAGAAGUGACACAGAGGCAGAGGUGUUGGAGCUGCAGGCAGUGGAGGAGGAGGAGGUGGAGGGCGAAGAUACUGGCACCAAGGCGGGGUACACUGGUGUUCAAGAGGAGCAGGAAAUAGCAAAGACGGAUGCAUUUGAUGAUGUUGCUGAAGAGGAGAUUGUUGAGGGGGAGGUUGAGACUGCAGCCGAAUCUGUGGAGGAGAUGACAGCAGGGGAAGCGGAGGACGUGGAGGUUAUAGAUGAGUCUGUAGACGCCAAAGUCAGUCAUGAAGUCGUAGAGGAAACCGCAGCUGCUUUGAAAGAGACAGGAGGGUAUUUGGAAGUGGAGGAGGAGGCAGGGGAGGAGGACAACAAGGAGCAGGUUGAGCUGUCGGAAGCAAAGGGAGCAGCUGAAACAGACACAGAGGAAACCACAGCUGCUGUGGAGGAAGCUGUAGGUGGAGAGCCAGAGCAGGAGACUUUGGUAGAGUCUGACCUUGGUCUGGUAAAAGGUGAUGGGGAGCAGAAAGAGGAUGUAUUGGGAAAGGAAGAACUUCUAGAGGUAGAUGAAACGGAAGGUGAGGUCAUAGUACCGUCUUCUGAUAAUCAUGAAAUUGAGACCACACAGACUGUAGUAGGAGAGCCGGUGGAGGAGGAAGAGGUAAACAUAGUGAAGGACAACGAGACACCAGAAACAGAGGACGAACGAGGCCAUGUAGCGGUGGAGGGAGGAGGUGCUGAAGAGGUACAAGCAGAAGGUACAGAGGUGGGGGAAGCAGAAGGGGCUGACAUAAAUGGAGAGAGUGUCACCAAGGAGGAAUCAGUGGCGUUGGUAAAUGAGGGGUUGGGUGACCAACAAGCAGGAGAGGAGCAGAUUGCUUUGGAGACGUCACAUGGCAGUGAAAAAGAGGAUCAAGAAGUGCUGGUGAUCUCUGCCCCAGAGCCUGAAGAUGCUGCUGGCGCGGAGAACCAGGCUCCCACCACGAGCCCAUCCUUAGGUGGGGUGGAGGCCGAAGAGAACACCCUUAGUGAGAAAUCUGACUACGGCAACGAGAUCAUCACCCCUACUGAUGACCUGUUGCCACAUGACCCUAUGGAGGCCCAACCUACACUGGAUAAUGCAGUGAAGGAUGUUCUAGUUGAACCCCCUCAGGCGCAAGGAGAGGAACCGGGGGAGGCCAAUGAGCUGGUGGAAGAUAAAGCUGGAACUGCAGAGACAAAUGAGCUGGGACUGGAGGCGUGGAAGAUUGGGGCUAUUUCUGCUGCAGUCUUCCUGGUUUUGGAGACUGUUGUGAUCAUCAUCUAUAUCAUUAAAUGUCGUAACAAAAACAGCACCCUGACCCAACAGCGGGCAUGCGAGGAAGGGUGUGUUGAACCAGAGGCGGCUACGGGAGGCGACUGCAGCGACGACACACUGCCCGUAGGCAAUGGGGACACUCAACAGAUAGCAGCACUUGACCCAUGUGAUGUGGCUUCAACCCUGGCCCAAAACAAAGAGCAGCACGAAGAGGAGCAUGUGAUACCCAUGUCUGACCUCCCGCCCAGCUCCACAGAGGAGUCGGCCAACACUGGACCGGGACCAGACUCCUCGCAAGACCUCAGGAGUUCCAUUCUCUAGGGAGGACGAGGCCGGGGGGGUCCAACUGUUUUGUCUGUUCCUGUUGCAUCUAAAUAAAACCCUGCAAAAAGCCACUCUCCAUCCCUGCAACCUUUUCCAAUGUACCCAGUAAAUUUCCCCUAAAUCGUUCAAACCAACCCAACACAGACUGCCUUGGAUUCUGACUGUAAAAACUGUAUAUGUAACACAUUUGUAUCCGGUGAUUGUGUCUGUGUGUGUGUGUGUGUGUGAGUUGUGUAAACUGAAAGAAAGACUGUAACACAAAUGUGUGGAAGUGUGGGAGUGUGCAUUAACAGGUGAGCGCACUCGAAUGCUGCGAAUGAGCGAACACGUGGAGCACGUUUUAAAAAUGCAUGUGUGUGUGUGUGUGUGCAAAUGUGAUCAAACAAAUUUUGUGAAUCUGUCUGUGAAGGAAAAUUCAGCACGAAGCUGCUGAACACGGCGUAAAAAAGGUAUGAACAAUUUUCCAGUUUUUAUCAGAAACUCAGUGCGACUCGCCGAGUGUGCAACGCUGGCCCUCACCAACAAAACAUGAUUUUUUUUUUUUUUUCCACUAUUUGAGAUGAAGUUUAAAACUUUGAUUUCAUUUUUAUUCUACAUAACCUCACCUUUGUAUCAUCAUUUACGAUUUGAAGAGUACCAAAUUAAA